AUGGCACGCAACAGCGAAAAGGCGCAGUCGAUGCUGUUUCGAUUCCGCGCGCAGCAAGCGGCGGACCUCGGAAUCAUCGACAUCGGACGCACCCGUCGCCCCAAGGCCAUCACGUCGGUGGAUUCGAUCCCCAUGUGCGAGAAAUGGCGCGGCCAGGUCCUCAAGGAAAUCUCGCGCAAGGUCUCGCGCAUCCAAGAGCUCAGCCUGAGCGAUUACCAGAUCCGCGACCUGAACGACGAGAUCAACAAGUUGAUGCGCGAGAAAUGGACCUGGGAGAUGCAGAUACGGAACCUCGGCGGACCGAAUUACAUGCGUGGCUCGGGCCGUGUGUACGAUGACGAGGGCAAGGAAAUUCCUGGCGGUGGGAAAGGAUAUCGGUAUUUCGGGCGUGCGAGGGAGCUGCCGGGUGUCAAGGAGAUGUUUGAGGCUGCGGCUCGUCGCGGUCGGAAGCCGGCGGAGGAGGAUGAUGAGGGCACUCGGGGACGGGGCGGCGAUAUCGCUACGAAAAAGGUCGAUGCCAAUUAUUUCGGCUACGGGCUGGAUGAGGAGGACGGAACGUUGCUGGCGUACGAGCGACAGAAAGAGAAAGAGGCCGUUGAGCGUCUACGCAAUAAGAAGGAAGACGAUGUUGAAGAUGGCUGGGAGCCUCUACCGGGUGACGCUGGUGACGGCGUCGAAUGGCGAUUGCCGACUUUGGAUGAAGUACAGGAAGAGUUGGUGGACAGGAGAAGGAGACGACUCUUGGACAAGAUCACUUGA